AUGCCUGAAGGUUGUGGUAGUCCUUACAACAACCCUGUAGGGCAGCUCCAUAUCAUUAAGCCCGUGUUGCAGGAGCAGACUAAGGUGUUGAAAGAGCCCAGGCGCAAGGCGGAGCCCAGUGGGCCCCCGCCGCACUGCCGCCACUGCAGGGCUCAGCCGGCUCCUGGCCCCCAGGGACUAACCCAGCCGGAGGAGGGGCCACCACCGGGCAGGCCUGGCGCUGCCGGAAGGGAUAGCGGCCGCCGGGGCUGCGAGCACUACCGCCGCGGCUGCCUGCUCAAGGCGCCCUGCUGCGGCCGCUUCUACGCCUGCCGCUUCUGCCACGACGCCGCCCAGGACCACCCCCUGGACCGCUUCCAGGUGCGCCAGGUGCGCUGCGCCGCCUGCGCCAGAGUCCAGCAGGCUCAGCAGAGUUGUGAAGACUGCCGUAACGUCUUUGGAGAAUAUUACUGCAGCAUCUGCCACCUGUUUGACACGGACAAGAAGCAGUACCAUUGUGAGCAGUGUGGGAUUUGUAGGAUUGGUCCCAAAGAAGAAUUCUUCCACUGUUCCAAAUGUAACUUGUGUUUGGCUCUGACUCUCCAAGGCAAUCAUAAGUGCAUUGAAGAUGUCUCAAGGCAAGAUUGUCCCAUAUGUUUGGAGGACAUUCAUACAUCACGUGUGGGAGCUCACGUCCUGCCCUGUGGACAUCUUCUUCAUCGAACUUGUUAUGAAGACAUGCUGAAAGAAGGUUAUCGAUGUCCUUUGUGUAUGCAUUCAGCAUUAGAUAUGACCAGACACUGGCAGCGACUGGACAGUGAAGUAGCACAGACGCCUAUGCCCUUGGAGUAUCAGAACAUGAUGGUGGAGAUUCUUUGCAACGACUGCAUGACUCGAUCCACAGUGCAAUUCCAUAUUCUGGGCAUGAAGUGCAAAAACUGUGACUCGUAUAACACCGCCCAGGAUGGCAGCUGCCGCGCCUCCUGGUCCAGCAGGGACUGA